CGCGGGGGGCGGGCGCCGGCACUCGGAGGUGUCCGCUGCCGCCGCGCAGAGCCGCCGCCGGGCCCGGGCCGAGCGAACGCCGCCAUGCCCUCGGAGAAGAGCUUCAAGCAGCGCCGCACCUUCGAACAAAGAGUGGAAGAUGUACGACUGAUUCGGGAGCAGCAUCCCACUAAAAUACCAGUGAUCAUUGAAAGGUACAAGGGAGAGAAGCAGCUUCCAGUUUUGGAUAAGACCAAGUUCCUGGUGCCAGAUCAUGUCAACAUGAGCGAGCUAAUCAAAAUUAUCAGGCGACGCCUGCAGCUGAACUCCAACCAGGCCUUCUUCCUGCUGGUGAACGGGCACAGCAUGGUGAGCGUGUCCACGCCCAUCUCCGAGGUGUACGAGAGCGAGAAGGAUGAGGAUGGCUUCCUGUACAUGGUCUACGCCUCUCAGGAGACCUUCGGAGCGCCAGCUUCCGCCUAGGACACGCCAGCAGCCCUAGCCUAGGAUUUGGGUUGACCCUUGGCCAUCACCCCCCACUCUUCCCCACGCACCCCCCAGGGAAAGAACCGGAUGUCACCUACGCUCUCAGUCCUUAGCAUAGUCUUGCUUUAGCAGGUGUCUCAUCUCACCUUGCCUUGUUUGUGACUAUUAAACAGUACAGACGAGCACCUCCAGCUUUGAAACCUGCCCUAAUAAUAAUCCACACAGGCACAUUUACAGGUCUGGACCUGAUGAACGGAGCCCAGUUGUGCAUGUGACACUUGCAGAGAAAGGGACACUCGAUUUACUUUUAACAAGCAAACAGGCACCAGGAAGGAACUAAAGUGUUUCCUGUGAGUUUGCUGGAAAAAUCUCCCUACAAUUCCUUAAAUUUUUUGGUUUUAAAUGGGAAGGUUUCUCAUGAGAGCAAAUGCAUUUUAAUGUUCCAAAGGGGAGCAUUUUCUUCUGCAGCUCCAUCAGACUCCUGUCAGUGCUGCAGGGAGUUAAGGCAAGUGCUCGGGGUGAGCUGGGGAAGGCCAACUCUUUGUGUCUCCGGGUUUUGGGCGCCGCACGCUCAGGGGCGGUGCCGGUUUCUGGAAUAUUCAUACCAAACACCACAGCUUUAUCGUAGUUUUAGGAAGUGUCUAACUGUAAAAUGCACACCCAAACAGGUAACACUGAAAUAAACUCCAGUCUGUUAUGAAUUCCCAAUCCCUGUGUGUUCAUCUGAGCUGGCUUCCAGUGAUCCUUAGGAUCCUUAGGAUCACGCUCCUGGCCCGGAGGUCGGCCGUUCCCGUGCCUGGCAAUCGGGAGAAGCUGCUCGGAGCCGGGAGUUGACGAACAAACGAUUUGUGGCACGGCUGGAGGUUCCUGGGCAGGGAGCAGGCUGUGCAGAGGGGAGCUGUCCCGUGGGACAAACCUGUGUUUGUGCAGCGCUGUCCAGCGAGGCGUGCCGGGAUCCCCGUGGUGUCCGUGUGUCCCCGGUGUCACCGGCGGGGACAGAAGCAAUACAGCAGCGCCUGGCACUGCGCGGGGUGCACGUGUUGUACCUCCUCCACCUUGUACCUCCUCCACUCUUUGCAUGCAUCUCCUUCCUCACGGGGCCCCCCUGCCCGUUUUUUAUUGUCCUUUGUGUUUUUACUCCGACGUGAACUUUUCGAUGCAGCUUGUUCUCUUGUUUAGUUCUGUUCGUGUAAGAACUCGUUUAACUCAUUAACUGACAACUGUACUUGUAAUUACGACGUGAUCGACUGAUAUUCCUGUACAAAAUGUUGCUUUUUUAAAAUUAAUACAGUGCUGAUAUGGAUGGAUUACAUCCCA